GAGCCUGAAGGCUCCUGAUCAGCCUGGCACGGUAUCGGCCCGCUUGCGGCCCGGAGCCUUUCACCACUACCAGUACAUAAUAAGACACGGAUUCAACCAUUGUCAUCACAACUCAUUAUACCAGGAAAGCCUUCCUGCAUAUACUACGCGUGAAAAUGCCAUCACAGGCAGCAGCUAAGCUCCGCCAAUUGCUGGCUGACGAGAGCAGAAUCAUUGUCUGCCCCGGUGUAUACGAUGGUCUCACGGCCAGAAUCGCUUUACGGGAAGGUUUCGAUGCUUUGUACAUGACCGGUGCAGGAACGACAGCAUCCCGACUCGGACAGCCCGACCUGGGAGUUAUUACCCUUAAUGAGAUGCAAGGAAACGCGGAGAUGAUCGCCAACCUGGACCCGUCAGUGCCGUUGAUAGCGGAUGCAGAUACCGGGUUUGGAGGCUCUCUCAUGGUCGCUCGCACCGUCACCGAAUAUAUUCGUGCUGGAGUCGCUGCCCUCCAUCUCGAAGACCAACCUACUACGAAACGCUGUGGCCAUCUGCGCAACAAGCAAGUUGUAUCCGAAGAAGAGUAUCUCGGUCGUAUCCGUGCUGCUGUCAAUGCACGCAGUCGGGCACAUGGUGACAUUGUCCUGAUUGCGCGGACGGAUGCCCUGCAGUCCUUAGGGUAUGAGGAGGCCAUCUCGCGACUGAAAGGGGCUAUCAGGCUCGGGGCGGAUGUGGCCUUUUUGGAAGGCGUAACAUCUAAGGAGGCUAAGAUGGUCUGCGAGGACCUCAAGCCGACUCCCGUUCUGUUCAAUGCGGUUCCUGGGGGCGUGUCUCCUGAUCUUUCCGUGCAAGAUGCUGAAGACCUUGGGUUUCGGAUGAUUAUAUUUCCUGCCUUGGCACUUGGGGCUGUCUACGGAGCCGUUCAUGAUGCCGUCAGGAAUCUCAAAAAGACGGGCACGCAAGUUGUCAGAGCGGGGAGCACUCCAAGGGACCUUUUCAAUGUGGUGGGGUUGCAAGAAGCGAUCGCUCUAGAUAUGGCCUCAGGGGGCCAACUGUAUAAAAACGGUGUGUAAAUGGGCCGAUAUAACACAUCACGGCUAGUACUAUUUACCUUUUAGUUCUAAUUAUUUUAUCUCUUUGAUCUAUG